CUGUCUACACAGGCACUUGAUUCUUCUAACCAGAGAAACUUCGAUUAAAACGAACGUCAAGGUGGUCUCAAGCCUGUUGACGAGUAACAGAAUAAACUCCUGCAGGAGGAGGGAAGAACACUGAGCGUGGGCAGCUCGCUUGAUAAGCGAAGUAACAGCGAGAACUAACCACCUCCCUUGGCUGCCCCGCCUGCCCGCCCAGCAGGUGCUCCCGUCCCUGCGCGGAGGCGGGGCUGGGCAGGUGGAGUGCGGCCUCCCCGCCAACCAGCGACGUAGGACGCGCUCCGGAGACACUCAUUGGCUCGACUGCCCUCCACAGUCCUGGAUCCAGGGCUGCUAUUGGCUGAGGGGUUGCCGUGGCGACGGCCACGCACAGGCGCAGUGCGCGUCGCUGGAGGCCUGGUGACUGCUAGGCAACGGGAAACAUUCCCGGCUUGGCGACAACUUUCUGCUCCCGGACUGGCCUUCGCUCUGUCUCUGCGGCGGUGGCUGCUCUAUCCUGACUACCUCUCCAGGAGUGAGGAUGGCUUUUCGUGCCUCAGAGAAUGACUUGGACCUGAAAAACAUUGAAGAGCUGAUGGAAAACCCAGGGCUUACAAGACUGAAUAGUAUAAAAGCAAAGGGAAGGCUGAGCUUUGCAACACCCACAGAAAAUGAAGAGGACACACAGUUCCUUACAUUUAAGCACACUACAAGAGCUCAGGAGAGGACAAGAAAGCGACAGGAGCCGAUAAAACUAGAGCCUCUGCCAGUGCUAAAAGUCUACCAAGAUCAUAAGAAGCCAGAAUACAUAUAUGACCAGAACCGACGCCGAUUAAUCGCUUCUGGAGUCUUAAAGCCUCCAGGAAGCACUGAAGAAAGACGUGCUACCAAAUCCCUUAGUCAGUGUCUUGACCAUGAAGACUCUGUGAAAAAGAAAAAGCAGUGGCCUGCGGCUGAGACAUUCUUACCCUCUCCGUCUAAACUGCCACGUACCAGCAUUGGCAGAAGAGGCCUUUACGAGACCAGUGCCUCAGCUUACCCUGAGUACCACUUCCACGACCGGGAGGAAGUCGUUAAAGCCAACAUUCAAAAUCCCUUGCAAAUCAUUAAAAUCAUACGUGAAAAUGAGCACAUCGGCUUUCUUUACAUGAUCUCUGCGGUGCCAAGAUCGUCCAUUGAAUAUGACACGUAUAACCUGAAGGUUGUAAAUUAUGAGAACAUUAAUAAAAAUGACUACUAUACUAUUAGCAAAAAGGCAGUAACACAUGUUCAUAAUUUGCGACCAGCUCUUCUCAAAAUAAAUGAAUUAUGCUAUCAUCUGAGUUUUAUGGGACUUUGUUAUAUUGAAAAAUGUCACACCUACACCCUGGAAGAAUUUAAAACUGCGCAAGUCGUAAAGCUGGAAGAGGUGACAGAGCGUCUAGAAGAAUUUCGAAACGUGGCGAAAGAUGUGGUGAGGAAGGCCUGUCGAGUUGCUCUGCACGCUGCAGGAUUUGUUCCUGAUGACUGUGCACGUGAAUAUGCUGAGGGUUAUGGUAAAAUACCAGGGAGUGGAAGUUUCAUUGAGUUUUCUGCUCCUGGAGACACCGAGAAAAUGACGUACACCGAACAGGCCAGCAAAAGGCACCACUGCACGAGGCUGACACGCUUUAUCCGUCUAAACGACUAUCUAAUUGAGAACACAAUGCACGUGUUAACGGUGAAUUCUGCCAGCUCUCUUUUGAACUACCUCACUGUCAAGCUAAAACGAACACCGUCAGCAGAGACCAUUCAGAAAUGGAUUACAGAAGAGAAACUUGAGGUCGCUGAUAAAAAGGGGCCCCCUGUGUUGGAGAGACAGGAAGAGGACGAGUCCCUCAUCCCCAUGUUUCUCACGGAGCUGAUUUUGACCGUCCAGUCACUGCUCUUGGAGCCUUCUCUGGAAGACUUUCUGGAUGGUAUAUCAGGUGCAGUUAAUCACUUCCAGAACACUGUGUUAUCAGUUCCUAAUCUCGUGCCCGAUACGUAUUUUGAUGCUUUUACCAGCCCUUACAUUAACAACAAGCUGGAAGAGAAAACUUGUGGAUCUGGUCCAAGCUUAGCAGCAGUGUUUGAUGAUGAUAAGAAUUUUCACACAAUUAUCUUUCAAAUAAAGGAAACCAUACAGGCAGCAUUUCAAUCUGCUCAGUUAUAUGCAGCUACGUUUGAAAAGUUUCAGAUAUUCUUCAAGGAAAAUGAAGGUCUUGAUCUACAAGCUCUUAAGCUUCAAGAACCCGAUGUUAAGUUCUUUAGUGAACAACUGGAAAAAUAUCACAGACAGCACAAGGACGCAGUAGCUUUAAGACCCACCAGAAAUGUAGGAUUGCUGCUCAUCGACACUAAGCAACUGAAAGAAAAACUAAUUCCAUCACCUUUGAGAUGCUUGGAGGUGCUCAGUUAUAUGCUUCCUCGCCAGAGCAAGAAAAAAGUGGACGCCAUUAUCUCUGAGGCACAAGAUGCAGAAUAUAAACUUGAAUUUGUCCCAACUACCACCAUAGAAUAUGUUAACAGCUUGGUAUUUCUUGACGAAAUUCAGGAACGGAUCGAAAGCCUUGAGGACGAAGGGAACGUGGUGAUUCAGAUGUACAAGCUCAUCGAGCAGUACCAGGUCCCCACGCCGCCCGAAGACUUCGCGGUCUUUGCAACCAUGAGGCCGUCCAUCGUCGCUGUUCGGAACGCCAUCGAUAAGUCUGUGGGAGACAGGGAGGCAAGGAUUAAGCAGUUCUGUGUGCACUUGGGUAGAGACCUUGAGGAACUGAACAAUGAAGUGAACGAAAUAAAGCUGCUGGCUCAGGAUCCACAGAUUUUGGAUAUUAAUGCUGACCAAGACAAAAUAAAGGUCAUGUUGAAAGAUCUGCAGUUCGUUCUGGACGAUCUUCAGAAACGUGCAUUUCAAUAUAAAUCCUAUCAGAAGAAUUUUAAGGUAGAAGUGUCCAAGUUUGAAGCUUUGGAAGAAGUUAGUGCUGAAUUGAAGCUCAAACAAUUGCUCUGGGAUUCUUUAUCUGAAUGGGAUCAACUUCAGCAAGAAUGGUUAAAGUCCAAGUUUGACUCCCUGGAUCCAGAAUUUCUGAACAGUCAAGUUUCUAAAUAUGCCAAAUUUGUGACUCAACUGGAAAAGGGCUUGCCACCCAACAGCGUAGUGCCCCAGCUAAAACUUAAGGUGGAGAAAAUGAAAGAAAAGCUUCCAGUCAUUGUUGACCUGAGGAACCCAACCCUGAAGCCUCGACACUGGGCAGCCAUUGAACAGACAGUUGACGCCACUCUGGUGGACCUCGACGUCUCCUUAACCUUGGAGAAGCUCACCGAGUUGCACGUUUUUGACUUCGGCCAAGAAAUCCAGGACAUUUCUGGACAGGCUUCUGGAGAAGCUGCCUUAGAAACAAUUCUUAAAAAGGUGGAGGAUUCUUGGAAAACAACCGAAUUUGUUGUUCUCCCUCACCGUGACUCCAAAGAUGUGUUUAUCCUGGGCGGCACAGAUGACAUACAGGUGCUUCUUGAUGACAGCACCAUCAACAUCGCCACCAUGGCCUCAUCACGGUACGUGGGUCCCCUGAAAGCGCGAGUGGAUGACUGGCAGAAGCAUCUUGCUUUAUUUAACCAAACACUGGAAGAGUGGCUGAACUGCCAGCGAAACUGGCUGUACCUGGAAAGUAUUUUUAAUGCUCCAGAUAUUCAGAGGCAGCUGCCUGCGGAGGCCAAGAUGUUCCUGCAGGUGGAUAAGUCAUGGAAAGAGAUCAUGAGGAAAGUGAACCGGCUCCCCAACGCCCUCCGAGCGGCCACCCAACCAGGACUUUUGGAGACUUUUCAAAAUAAUAAUGCAUUACUUGACCAAAUUCAGAAGUGUCUAGAGGCAUAUUUAGAAUCAAAAAGAGUUAUCUUUCCAAGAUUUUACUUCUUGUCAAACGAUGAACUCCUGGAGAUUCUGGCCCAGACCCGAAACCCCCAGGCUGUGCAGCCGCACUUAAGGAAGUGCUUCGACUCCAUCUCGAAGCUCGAGUUUGCUCUCAUGCCUCCCACCGAGGGGAAGAUUCCUGGGAUGGACGGAGAGCCAGAAAAGGUUUACACUAACGACAUUCUGGCGAUGCUGUCACCAGAGGGAGAGAGGGUGAGCCUGGGGAAAGGCCUCAAGGCCCGAGGCAACGUGGAGGAAUGGCUGGGCAAAGUGGAGGAAGCCAUGUUCGCGUCUCUGCGCCGCCUCUGCAAGGCCUCCAUCGCCGACUACCUGGGGAGACCGAGGACAGAAUGGGUGGUUGCCGGCCACCCUUCUCAGGUGAUCCUGACCGUCUCUCAGAUCAUGUGGUGCCGAGAUCUGACGGAGUGUUUGGAAGGAGAAGCCGGUCACCACUUAGAGGCCCUGGAAGCUUUUGAAAAAGUGAACUUUGAGAGAUUGAAUGCCCUGGCUGCGAUAGUCCGAGGCAGUCUUCCUAAAUUACACAGAAACAUCAUAACUGCCUUAAUUACUAUUGAUGUACACGCAAGAGACAUAGUCACUGAGCUUGUUCAAGCCAAGGUGGAGGAAGUCGAAUCCUUUGACUGGCAGAGACAGCUGCGCUAUUACUGGGAUGUAGACCUGGACAAUUGUGUGGCAAGAAUGGCGCUGUCUCAGUACACGUACGGCUAUGAGUAUUUGGGUGCCUGCCCGAGACUGGUCAUCACCCCUCUCACGGAUCGCUGCUACCUGUGCCUCAUGGGGGCUCUGCAGCUCGACCUGGGAGGCGCACCAGCUGGCCCCGCUGGCACUGGGAAAACCGAGACCACCAAAGACCUCGCGAAAGCUCUCGCCAUCCAGUGCGUGGUCUUCAACUGUUCCGAUGGUUUGGACUACAAGAUGAUGGGGCGCUUCUUCAGCGGCCUGGCACAGUCGGGGGCCUGGUGCUGCUUUGACGAAUUUAAUCGAAUUGACAUCGAAGUGUUGUCGGUCAUCGCGCAGCAGCUCAUCACCAUCAGGAGCGCCAAGGCGGCCAAGCUGUCUAGAUUCAUGUUUGAAGGGCGGGAAAUCAAGUUGGUGACGACCUGCGCAGCCUUCAUCACCAUGAAUCCCGGGUACGCAGGCAGAACCGAGCUGCCGGAUAAUCUGAAAGCCCUGUUUCGACCGUUUGCGAUGAUGGUUCCAAAUUACGCCCUGAUUGCAGAGGUAAUCCUGUACUCCGAAGGAUUCGAAUCCAGUAAGAUUUUAGCGAGGAAGAUGACUCAGAUGUAUAAGCUUUGCAGCGAGCAGCUUUCUCAGCAGGAUCACUACGACUUCGGCAUGAGAGCCGUGAAGUCCGUGCUGGUCAUGGCUGGAUCUUUAAAAAGAGAGAACCCAGACCUCAGUGAAGAUGUGGUGUUGAUAAGAGCUUUACGAGACUCUAAUUUGCCAAAAUUCCUAGCAGACGAUGCUGUUCUCUUCAGUGGAAUUAUAUCUGACCUUUUUCCUGGAGUCCAAAUUCCAGCACAUGAUUAUGGAAUAUUACAGUCAACAAUUAUAAAUGUCAUGAAUGGACAAAACCUUCAACCUGAGACAUGUAUGGUUGAAAAAGUGAUACAGUUCUAUGAAACUAUGCUAGUAAGGCAUGGUGUCAUGUUAGUCGGGCCAACUGGAGGUGGCAAGACCACAGUUUACCGAAUACUAGCAGAAACUUUAGGAAACUUGCGGAAACUUGGUAUAGAUAAUCCCUUUUACCAACCAGUAAAAACAUAUGUUCUUAAUCCUAAAUCGAUUACAAUGGGUGAAUUGUAUGGUGAAGUUAAUAACAUAACCUUAGAGUGGAAAGAUGGUUUGAUGGCGCUCAGCGUCCGAGCAGCUGUGAAUGACACUUCCGAGGACCACAAAUGGAUCAUCAGUGAUGGGCCAGUGGAUGCUCUUUGGAUUGAAAAUAUGAACACAGUCUUGGAUGAUAACAAGAUGCUGUGCCUGGCUAACAGUGAGAGGAUUAAACUCACGCCUCAAAUCCACAUGCUUUUCGAGGUGCAAGAUCUAAAGGUUGCCUCUCCUGCGACUGUCAGUAGAUGUGGGAUGGUGUUUGUGGAUCCCGAUGAGCUGAAGUGGAUGCCUUACGUCAAAACCUGGAUGAGGAGUGUUUCUAAAAAACUGAACGAAGAAACCCAAGGGUAUAUAUUGAAUCUUUUCCAGCGUUACGUUGAUGAUGGUUUAAAUUUUAUCAAUAAAAAGUGCAGCCAAGCAAUCCCGCAAGUGGACAUCAGCAAAGUUACCACACUCUGUUGCUUACUGGAGUCUCUGAUGCUCGGGAGAGAUGGAAUCAAUUUGACAGUGGAGCAAACAAAACUGAACACUAUACUGUGUCAGACUUUUAUAUUCUGUUACGUAUGGUCUCUAGGCGGAAAUUUAACUGAAAACUACUGGGAUUCUUUUGACACGUUUAUUAGGACACAAUUUGAUGAUAAUCCUGAUGCCAGGCUUCCCAGUUCCGGCGACCUGUGGAGCAUUCACAUGGACUUUGACACCAAACGGCUGGACCCCUGGGAACGAAUCAUACCCACCUUCAAGUACAGCCGAGAGGUCCCCUUUUUUGAGAUGCUUGUCCCCACGGCUGACACGGUGCGCUUUGGGUACCUGAUGGAAAAACUCCUGGCAGUCAGGCAUUCGGUGCUGCUCACUGGAAUAACUGGAGUUGGCAAGUCUGUUAUUGCAAAAGGACUGUUAAAUAGAAUUCAAGAAUCAGCUGGCUAUGUUCCUGUGUAUCUGAAUUUUUCCGCUCAAACUUCAUCGGCAAGAACACAAGAGAUCAUUGAGUCCAAACUGGAGAGGAAAAGAAAAAAUAUUCUAGGAGCACCGGGAAACAAGCGAGUCGUGAUUUUUGUUGACGACUUAAACAUGCCCAGACUGGAUCGCUAUGGCUCUCAGCCUCCCAUUGAGCUGCUCCGGCAAUUUCAAGAUUUUGGUGGAUUUUACGACAGAAACAAGCUCUUUUGGAAAGACAUACAGGACGUGACGAUUGUAUCCGCGUGCGCGCCCCCGGGCGGCGGCCGGAACCCUGUGACCCCCCGCUUCAUCCGACACUUCAGCGUGCUCUGCCUCCCCGUGCCCUCGGAGCACAGUCUGAAACAGAUUUUCCAGGCCAUCCUCAGUGGCUUCCUGAGUGACUUCCUACCGGCUGUAAAGCAGACUGCAUCAAACAUUGUAGAAGCCUCAGUCGAGAUCUAUAACAGAAUGAGCAUUGAUCUCCUGCCGACACCGGCCAAGUCCCAUUACAUCUUUAACUUGAGGGACUUAUCCAAAUGCGUGCAAGGUAUCCUCCAGUGUGAUCCAGGAACAAUAAGAGAAGAAUUACAGAUAUUUAGACUCUUUUGCCAUGAAUGUCAAAGAGUCUUCCAUGAUCGUUUGAUUAAUAAUGAAGAUAAGCACUAUUUCCAUGUUAUUUUGACAGAAAUGGCCAACAAACAUUUUGGAAUUGCAAUAGGUCUGGAAUACUUUUUGACUAGGCCCAUCAUAUUUGGAGACUUCAUUAAGUUUGGAGCGGAUAAGAGUGAUCGGAUUUAUGAUGACAUGCCUGAUAUGGAGAAAAUUGCAAACGUUCUGCAGGACUAUCUGGAUGAUUAUAACCUUAUUAACCCCAAAGAAGUAAAGCUGGUGUUCUUCCAAGAUGCCAUAGAGCACGUUUCAAGGAUUGCCCGCAUGGUUCGUCAGGAAAGAGGCAAUGCCCUGCUGGUUGGGGUGGGCGGCACAGGAAAGCAGUCCCUCACGAGGCUCGCAGCCCACAUAUGUGGUUACAGAUGUUUGCAGAUUGAGCUGAGCCGGGGGUACAACUAUGACAGUUUUCACGAAGACCUGAGGAAGUUGUACAAACUGGCUGGUGUCGAAGACAAGAAUAUGGUUUUCCUCUUCACGGACACCCAGAUUGUAGUGGAAGAGUUCCUAGAAGAUAUAAAUAACAUCCUGAACUCGGGUGAGGUGCCUAAUUUAUUUGAAAAGGAUGAACUGGAGCAGGUUUUAGCAGCCACCAGGCCAAGAGCAAAAGAAGCAGGAAUUUCUGAGGGGAACAGAGAUGAGGUGUUCCAGCACUUCAUCAGCAGGGUCCGUCGGAAGCUGCACGUUGUUCUCUGCAUGAGCCCCGUCGGCGAGGCCUUCCGGGCCCGAUGCCGGAUGUUCCCAUCCCUGGUGAACUGCUGCACCAUUGAUUGGUUUGUCCAGUGGCCCAAAGAAGCACUUCUUUCUGUGUCAAAGACAUUUUUCUCAAAUGUUGAUGCUGUCAGCGAUGAACUGAAAGAGAAGCUCGCGCUCAUGUGCGUGAACGUUCACUUGAGCGUCUCCACCAUGGCUGACCGCUAUUACGCAGAGCUCCGGAGAAGGUACUACACAACGCCCACCUCCUACCUGGAGCUCAUCAAUCUCUGCCUGUCCAUGCUGCGAGAGAAGAGGAAGCAGUUGGUUUCAGCGCGUGAACGGGUGAAGAAUGGUCUCACCAAACUAUUGGAGACAAACGUUCUCGUAGACAAAAUGAAAUUAGACCUUUCCGCGUUGGAACCUGUCCUCUUAACGAAAUCUCAAGACGUUGAAGCCCUUAUGGACAAACUGGCAGUAGAUCAAGAAAACGCCGAUCAGGUCCGCAACAUCGUGCAGGAGGACGAAGCGGUAGCAAAAGCGAAGGCGGAAGAAACCCAAGCGAUAGCGGACGACGCUCAGCGAGACCUUGAAGAAGCGCUGCCCGCGCUGGAGGCUGCCAACAAGGCGCUGGAUUCCCUAGACAAGGCGGACAUAUCUGAGAUCAGAGUCUUCACAAAGCCCCCGGACCUGGUCAUGACCGUGAUGGAAGCAAUUUCCAUCCUCCUGAAUGCCAAGCCUGACUGGCCCACAGCGAAGCAACUGCUCGGUGACUCUAACUUCCUAAGAAGACUUCUAGAAUAUGAUAAGGAAAACAUAAAGCCCCAGGUCCUGGCAAAGCUUCAGAAGUACAUCAAUAACCCUGAUUUUGUGCCUGAAAAAGUAGAGAAAGUGUCCAAAGCGUGCAAAUCCAUGUGCAUGUGGGUGAGAGCAAUGGAUCUGUACUCCCGGGUGGUCAAAGAAGUGGAACCAAAGAGGCAAAAGCUCCGCGCUGCGCAGGCUGAACUUGAUAUGACCAUGGCUACUCUGAAAGAAAAACAGGCAUUGCUAAAACAAGUGGAAGAUCAAAUACGAACCUUGCAAGAUAAAUAUGACAAAAGUGUGAGUGAGAAGGAAAGUCUGGCAAAGACGAUGGCCCUGACAAAGGCGCGUCUGGUGCGCGCGGGAAAGCUGACGGCCGCGCUGGGGGACGAGCAAGUUCGAUGGGAGGAGAGCAUCCAGAAGUUCAGCGAGGAGAUAGCGAACAUCGUCGGGAACGUGUUCAUAGCAGCGGCCUGUGUGGCCUAUUACGGGGCCUUCACAGCCCAGUACAGGCAGUCGCUUAUUGAGUGUUGGAUACAGGACUGUCAGACCCUGGAGAUCCCAAUCAAUCCUUCCUUCAGUCUCAUUAACACGCUCGGCGACCCCUACGAGAUACGGCAGUGGAACACAGACGGGCUGCCCCGAGACCUGGUAUCAACGGAAAACGGCAUCCUGGUCACUCAAGGGAGACGGUGGCCUCUGAUGAUUGACCCCCAAGAUCAGGCAAACCGCUGGAUAAGAAACAAAGAGAACAAAAACGGUUUAAAGAUCGUCAAGCUUACGGACAGUAAUUUCUUGCGCAUACUUGAAAAUUCGAUCCGCCUCGGCUUACCCGUCUUACUGGAAGAGCUCAGGGAGACCCUGGACCCGGCCCUGGAGCCCAUCCUGCUGAAACAGAUCUUCACCAGCGGCGGGCGGCUGCUCAUUCGCCUCGGAGACUCGGACAUUGACUACGAUAAGCACUUCAGGUUCUACAUGACGACCAAGUUGCCAAACCCGCGCUACCUGCCUGAGGUGUGCAUCAAAGUCACCAUCAUCAAUUUCACGGUGACCAAAUCAGGUCUGGAAGACCAGUUGUUAAGCGAUGUGGUGCGGCUUGAAAAGCCUGAGCUGGAAGAGCAGAGGAUCAAGCUCAUUGUGAGGAUCAACACCGAUAAAAACCAGCUGAAAGCUAUCGAAGAGAAGAUCCUCAAAAUGCUCUUCACAUCUGAGGGAAAUGUUCUGGACAAUGAAGAACUCAUUGACACACUCCAGGACUCAAAGAUCACUUCCGGUGCCAUUAAAAUCAGGCUGAAGGAGGCAGAGUCCACGGAACAGAUGAUAAACGUUGCCCGUGAGAAGUACCGCCCGGUGGCCACUCAGGGCUCUGUGAUGUACUUCGUGAUCGCGAGCCUCUCGGAAAUUGAUCCCAUGUACCAGUAUUCGUUAAAAUACUUCAAACAGGCAAGUGUCUUGGUGGUGGUGAAAUCUGCGAGGACAGACAACCUGCAGCAGCGCAUGGAAGUACUGCUAGAGCAGACUCUCCUCGCCGCCUACGUCAACGUCUCGAGAGGACUUUUCGAACAACAUAAACUCGUCUACAGCUUCAUGCUCUGUGUUGAGAUCAUGCGUCAGCAAGGACGCUUAACGGAUGCUGAGUGGAAUUUCUUCCUCCGAGGUUCUGCAGGAUUAGAAAAGGAACGCCCACCCAAGCCUGACUUCCCCUGGCUGCCUCCUGCCAUGUGGUUCGCGUGCUGUGACUUAGAAGAAUUAUUUCCAGUUUUUACGGGACUUACAGACCAUAUAGUGCUACUUCCUAUUUCCAUACGCAUAGGAUCGUUUGAGACUUAUAUUAACCCACAGGACCAGGACGCCUAUUCGAAAACAGAGGAUGAUCAUUUCGUGACAGAGGAAAGGCUGACCACAAGCAAUAAUUCUUGGCAUCCAGAAUUAAGUUCUUUCCAAAAGCUAAUUCUUAUUAAAUGUUGUAAAGAAGAAAAGGUGGUUUUCGCUCUUACAGACUUUGUAAUAGAAAAUCUUGGGAAAUGCUUUAUAGAGACUCCACCCGUGGACCUGCCCACUCUGUACCAGGACAUGUCGUACAGCACUCCCCUGGUGUUUAUCCUGAGCACAGGCUCGGACCCCAUGGGCGCAUUUCAGAGGUUUGCCCGGGACAGCGGGUAUUCAGGACGGGUGCAGUCGAUCUCACUGGGGCAAGGGCAAGGACCCAUUGCUGAAAAAAUGAUCAAAGAUGCAAUGAAAUCAGGAAACUGGGUAUUUCUUCAAAACUGCCAUCUUGCUGUCUCUUGGAUGUUGGCGAUGGAAGAGCUCAUUAAAACCUUCACAGAUCCAAAUGUUGUUAUCAAGGACACCUUUCCUUUUUUAAGUUCCAUGCCUAGCAAUGCGUUCCCUGUCACAGUUCUUCAAAACUCUGUCAAGGUAACCAACGAGCCUCCGAAAGGUUUACGCGCAAAUAUCAGACGAGCAUUUACUGAAAUGACACCUUCAUUUUUCGAAGAAAAUAUCCUUGGAAGAAAAUGGAGACAAAUAAUAUUCGGCAUUUGUUUCUUUCAUGCAAUCAUUCAGGAGAGAAAGAAGUUUGGCCCUCUUGGUUGGAAUAUCUGCUAUGAGUUUAACGACAGCGACAGAGAAUGUGCUUUACUGAACCUCAACCUGUACUGUCACGAAGGAAAGAUCCCCUGGGACGCGCUGACUUACAUCACCGGUGAAAUUACAUAUGGAGGCAGAGUCACGGACACGUGGGAUCAAAGAUGCCUCCGCACGGUCCUGAAAAGAUUUUUUUCUCCUGAAACGUUACAAGAGAAUUAUAAAUAUUCUGAAUCAGGCAUCUAUUUUGCCCCCGUGGCUGACAGCCUGCAAGAGUUUAAAGACUACAUUGAAAACCUGCCUUUGAUAGAUGACCCGGAAAUAUUUGGAAUGCAUGAAAAUGCCAAUCUCGUUUUCCAGUACAAAGAGACCAGCACUUUAAUCAACACCAUACUGGAGGUUCAGCCACGGUCAUCUUCUGGUGGAGCAGGAAAGAGCAAUGAUGAAAUUGUCCAAGAACUCGUUGCUUCUGUCCAGACCAGAGUUCCAGAAACCCUGGAAAUGGAGAGUGCGUCCGAGAGCCUUUUCAUCAAGGAUCCUCAAGGACGCCUCAACUCCCUGACCACUGUCCUUGGACAAGAAGUGGACCGGUUCAACAGCCUGCUGAAGCUGAUACACACGUCUCUAGAUACGCUCAGCAAAGCCAUCGCGGGGUUUGUGGUGAUGUCUGAAGAAAUGGAAAAGGUGUAUAACAGUUUCCUCAACAACCAAGUUCCCUCUCUGUGGUCCAGCACAGCCUACCCUUCCCUGAAGCCACUCGGGUCGUGGGUCAAAGACCUCAUUCUGAGGACUGCGUCUAUGGACUUGUGGCUCAAAAGAGGUCAGCCUAAGUCCUUCUGGAUCUCCGGUUUCUUCUUCCCUCAAGGAUUUCUAACAGGCACCCUUCAGAACCACGCUCGGAAGUACAACUUGCCUAUAGAUGAGCUGAGUUUCAAGUACAACAUGAUCCCUGCCUAUCGCGACGAAGCCGUGGUUAUAGAAGCUGCCAAGACAGUGCAGUUUGGACAAGAACUGCCCAUGGACACGGAGUUGCCCUCUCCUGAGGAUGGCGUUCUUGUUCAUGGCAUGUUCAUGGAUGCUUCCCGAUGGGACAAUGAGGAGAUGGUGAUAGAAGACGCACUGCCCGGACAGAUGAAUCCAGUGCUGCCUGUGGUCCACUUUGAACCUCAACAAAAUUAUGAGCCAAGCCCAACACUCUACCACUCCCCACUUUAUAAAACAGGGGCCCGGGCAGGAACCCUUUCAACCACAGGUCAUUCAACCAACUUCGUGGUGACCAUCCUCUUACCCUCCAAGCGGCCCAAAGAUUACUGGAUUGCCAAGGGAUCGGCCCUGCUCUGCCAGCUGAAUGAGUGAAAAGGAGCCGCCUCUGGGCAGAAAGAGAAC